GUUCAUCUUGACCAUCUUGAUUCUACUGUCUCAACAUCUGAAGACCACAAUACCCACCGCCGUUUGUCCAGAAUGUCCUCCGCCGUGACCCUGACAAAUGGCCAUGCUGAGCAGGCCCAGAAGAAAAUCAGUACUUCCAAUUCUAUGUCUACACAAGACUACGUAGACCUGAACAAGCAGUAUGUGGCAUACACACAUGCUCCCAUUCCCAUCGUCUUGACCGAGGGUCGCGGCGCUCGAGUGAAAGACCUCCACGGCGAAGAGUAUAUUGACUUCCUUGCUGCGUUCUCUGUGGUCAACCAGGGUCACUGCCACCCCCGCAUCAUCGCCGCGAUGCGUGAACAGUCGGAGAAACUUGCCAUUUGUACCAGCGCAUUUCAGAAUGAAUGGUAUCCGCGGCUGGCCAAGAAAAUGUGUGAUCUCCUGGGCUUUGAUCGAGCAGCGGCGAUGAGCUCAGGCUCCGAGGCCGUUGAAUUGGCGAUGAAGAUUGCGAGACGCUGGGGCUACCGCGUUAAGGGCAUCGCGCCCAACCAAGCCAAAAUCUUGACGAUUUCCAACAACUAUCACGGCAAAACCCUUGCUCCAUUAUCAGCUUCGUCGUUCAAAUCUUUCAGGAAUGAUUUCGGACCUUUCGUGCCUGGUGUCGGAUCCGAUGUGUGUGGCUUUCCGAUCCGGUACAACCACGCAGAAGACAUCCAAAAGGCGUUUGAAGAGCACGGCAGCGACAUUUGCGCCCUGAUCAUCGAAUCCAUCCAGGGCUACGCUGGAUGUAUCCCCGCUGAAGUGGGAUACCUUGAGGCCGUGCGUGAGCUGUGCACCAAGCACAACGUGCUCUACGUCGCCGAUGAGAUCCAGACUGGCUUCGGGAGGACUGGCUACUUGAUGGCAUACAAAGCCGCUGGAAUUCAACCAGACCUGCUUGUUGUUGGCAAAGCCCUCACGGGCGGAAUGUAUCCCAUGAGCUUGGUUCUCGGAAAGGACACUGCCAUGACGCAAAUUCACCCAGGAGAGCACAGUUCCACCUUCGCUGCGAAUCCGAUGGGCUCGGCGAUUGCAAUGACAGCAGUGGACGUGAUCCUCGAGGAGAAGUUGCCUGAGCGUUCUCGACGUCUGGGCAAAGUGCUUCUCGAGAGACUUUCGGCGCUGCAGUCACCUGCAGCUUCCAUCCGUGCGACCGGCCGGGGUCUCUUCUGCACCCUCCAUAUUGAUCCUACCGAAUCGCCCGCAAGAGUCACUGCGGAACGUGUUGGUACGCUGGCGCGGCAACGACGGCUGAUUGUUGUCAAUGCCGAAAACAGAAUUAGGAUCAACCCUCCAUUGGUCAUUGAAGAGAACGAUCUAUUAAAGGGCAUUGAGAUCUUGAAGUCGGCGCUGGAAGACUGUCUCACCAUUGGGGAGCUUAAAAUAUAGAUGAAAAGGCGACGUGAAUGAGCUCUGACAUCGCCGCCUGGCCCGCCUGUCUCUAAUGAGUGCUUGAUCCUUACAUGGCCAUCGUGCAGCCUCCCUUGGCUAGACUUGUAGAGACCACGACGCAAGUCGUACAGUGCUCUCGGCGACGUCGUAAGGUCGCAGCACGCCAAGAUUACAAGAGAAGGUUGCCGAAUAU